GGCAAUAUCAGCAGGUAAAUGUCCCUGAAGACCAAGCAGACAAAUUGCUACUUGCAAGCUGGGGUCUUCCCAAAGCAGUUCUGGAGAAAUACCACAGUCUGGGAGUAGUACAGAUGUUUGAGUGGCAAGCAGAAUGCCUAAUGCUUGGACAAGUUCUGGAAGGGAAGAACCUAGUUUACUCAGCUCCUACCAGUGCUGGAAAGACUCUUGUUGCAGAACUGCUUAUUUUGAAGCGAGUCUUGGAGACUCGUAAGAAAGCUCUUUUCAUCCUUCCCUUUGUCUCUGUGGCCAAGGAAAAAAAAUGUUAUCUGCAGGCCCUGUUUCAGGAGGUGGAUGUGAGGGUUGAAGGCUACAUGGGAAGCAUGUCUCCUGCUGGACGUUUCUCUGCCCUGGAUGUUGCUGUCUGCACCAUUGAGAAAGCCAAUGGUCUAAUCAACAGACUAAUAGAAGAAAACAAAAUGGACUCACUGGGAGUGGUGGUUGUGGAUGAGUUGCACAUGCUGGGAGACUCUCACCGAGGGUAUCUGCUGGAACUCCUUCUGACCAAAGUUAGAUACGUUACAGAGAAGGGAGCUGUGAAGAUGGCCAGCCCUGGUUGUGGUGGGAUACAGAUAGUGGGCAUGAGUGCUACCCUCCCUAACCUGGGACUCCUUGCCUCCUGGUUAGAUGCAGAGCUAUACUGUACAGAUUUUCGCCCCGUGCCCCUCAUGGAGAGGGUGAAAUUUGGCAGCAGCAUUUAUGACUCCUCCAUGAAUUUAGUACGAGAAUUCCAGCCCAAGCUUCAACUGAAGGGAGAUGAAGACCAUGUUGUGAGCCUGUGUUACGAGACUGUUUGUGAUGGCCAUUCAGUCCUGCUUUUCUGUCCAUCCAAGAACUGGUGUGAGAAGCUGGCAGACAUCAUUGCCAGGGAAUUCUACAGUUUGCAACAGGCUGAGAGUUCUGCAAAAACCUCGGCCUUUGCCCCGGUUGCUAUAGACAGAGAAGGGAUUGAUGAGGUUCUGGAUCAGCUAAAGCGUUCUAUCUCAGGCCUGGACUCUGUGCUCCAACGUACUUUGCCCUGGGGAGUGGCAUUUCAUCAUGCAGGUCUUACUUUUGAUGAACGGGACAUCAUUGAGGGAGCCUUUCGGCAGGGCUUGAUCCGAGUCCUGGCAGCAACCUCCACGCUCUCCUCGGGGGUGAACCUGCCUGCGCGCCGCGUCAUUGUCCGCACUCCCACCUUUGGGGGCAGGCUGCUGGACAUCCUCACUUACAAGCAGAUGACUGGAAGGGCUGGCAGGAAAGGAGUAGACACAGAAGGUGAGAGCAUUUUAAUUUGCAAACCCUCAGAAAGAUCAAAAGGAAUUGCUCUACUUCAGGGAUCUCUCAAGCCUGUUCGCAGUUGUUUGCUUAGAAGAGAAGGGGAAGGUGUUGCUUCUAGCAUGAAAAGAGCAAUACUUGAGAUCAUAGUGGGAAGAGUGGCCAACACUCCAGAUGACGUGCAGACCUAUGCUUCUUGCACUCUUCUUGCAUCCAGCUUGAAGGACAGCAAGUGGGGAAAUGAGAAAGCAGAAGACAAAGUGCAGACUGGACCUAUCGAGGCUUGUGUGGCAUGGUUGCUGGAAAAUGAAUUCAUUCAAGUUCUGGACUCUAGCAAUGGUGUGAAAG